UGUAUCCAUGCAUGCUUGCACGUAAAAAGAACAGUUUGCUUGCUAACCGUAAUUGCGUACAGUACAACCACAAAAUACAAGUUAAAGCUGAUUACCAAAGUUCACUCAUCUUGAAUCACUUAAGGUUCAAAAUCUAAGCAGUAAAAUACUAAUUUUCUCCCAGGCUUCCCAUGUCGAUAUUAAGGCAUCAUUCUGUGCAGGAGUUCCUCACUAUGCUUCUGUUGUAGCGUGCUAUUUAACUUACUUGUUUGCAAUUUAUGUAGUAUUUAUGUGACAAGGAAAUGGAUGAAAUUUAGAUUAAGAAGUUAGAAAGAAGUGCCGAUAACCUCACAGCCAUAAAACUGGGAAUUUCUCACUGCUGUUGUCAUGCUCCUUCUGUGACCCUGGGCGAGCCAUUCUGGCCCUGUCCCUUCAGACUCGAAAUGCAGCUGGGUGGGCAGGUGGGUAAGUCUGGGACCACUGUUCAUCUGGUAAAACUCUCAGGGCCUUAGCUUCUCUGGGUUUUAACUUUGGGUUUCACUUUGCAGGGUUGUAGAAUGAGGUUAACACCAUUCCUAGAACUUCACAGACACGUGACCACUUAACUUACUGGUGUAAGCACAGAGAUGUCACUACACCCGUAUAGGUGGAUCGCAGUAUUUUGCUCUGUAGAAACAUCUUGCACUUGUUGCUUCAUCUCUCUUUCCAGGAACGGCGACUGGGUAAAAGCCAAAGUACGUGGUUAAAGAACCAGCUUCAGUUCGAUCCUCCUUGCGCUGCGCUCACCUCGGCGCUGUAAGGAUUCCUGCCAAGACAGCAGGCGAGAGGGGCUGCCCGUUCCUCCAGUGGGCUCCAGCUGGGUCCACUGUCGAGCGGACGCUUGCAGGUUCAGAGUUCAUUUCAGAAGGCCACGGGGGUGAGGACACUGUCCCUCCCAUGGCCUCCCGCCCUUUAAGAGGCUGACCUGCAGAAAUCAGGAGGAACUGCAGCAGCACCGAGGGCCGGGGUGGGCUCCCGCCCGGGGACCCAGAGCGGGCCGCUGCUGGGAGGUAUUCCAGAAAUUGCCUCAGGAUUUAAGAACGGAGUUCUUGGCCGGAAGAGUUUAGAACAAUGAGAAGGUCGCAUCCAUCAAGGAGGGAUGUCAGCACUGCCUUCCUGGGACUGGAGGACUGAAAAGGAGAAAGGACCAGAAUUACUUGAUACAGGCUGCUUUUGACUACUGACACAAUCUGCUGUACCCUGGUGGUGGUGGAAGAACAGGACGGUCUCUCCUACUUGGUUCUGUGGUAUUGCUACAGUGGGGUCACCAUGAAUGUGACAAGUUUAUUCUCCUUCACCAGCCCAGCAGUGAAGAGGCUGUUGGGAUGGAAACAGGGGGAUGAAGAAGAAAAAUGGGCAGAGAAAGCUGUCGAUGCAUUAGUAAAAAAACUGAAAAAGAAAAAAGGUGCUAUGGAAGAGCUGGAAAAGGCAUUAAGCUGUCCUGGUCAGCCCAGCAACUGUGUCACAAUUCCUCGUUCCUUGGAUGGCAGGCUUCAGGUUUCACACCGGAAAGGGCUACCACAUGUAAUUUACUGUAGAGUGUGGCGCUGGCCAGACCUGCAGAGCCAUCAUGAACUGAAACCACUGGAAUGCUGCGAGUUUCCCUUUGGUUCAAAACAGAAGGAGGUUUGCAUCAAUCCCUACCACUACAAGCGGGUAGAGAGUCCUGUCCUUCCUCCGGUGCUGGUUCCAAGACACAGCGAGUACAACCCUCAGCACAGCCUCUUGGCCCAAUUCCGCAACCUGGGACAAAACGAGCCCCACAUGCCGCACAAUGCUACUUUCCCGGACUCUUUUCAGCAACCCAGUAGUCACCCGUUCCCUCACUCACCCAACAGCAGCUACCCAAACUCGCCUGGAAGCAGCAGUAGCACCUACCCGCACUCUCCAGCCAGCUCAGACCCGGGAAGUCCUUUCCAGAUGCCAGCUGAUACUCCCCCUCCUGCUUACCUGCCUCCGGAAGAGCAGAUGACACAUGAUACCUCCCAGCCAAUGGAUACCAACAUGAUGGCACCCACCAUUCCCCCUGACAUACACAGAGGAGAUGUUCAGGCAGUUGCUUACGAGGAGCCAAAGCAUUGGUGCUCUAUUGUUUACUAUGAGCUGAAUAAUCGUGUUGGGGAGGCGUUCCAUGCUUCUUCCACCAGCGUCUUGGUGGAUGGCUUCACUGAUCCUUCAAACAACAAGAACAGAUUUUGCCUGGGGCUGCUCUCAAACGUUAACCGCAACUCCACCAUUGAAAACACUAGGCGGCAUAUUGGCAAAGGUGUUCAUCUCUAUUACGUUGGUGGGGAAGUGUAUGCUGAAUGCCUAAGUGACAGCAGUAUUUUUGUGCAAAGUCGGAACUGCAACUACCAUCAUGGGUUCCAUCCCACCACAGUCUGCAAAAUCCCCAGCGGCUGCAGUUUGAAAAUUUUCAAUAAUCAAGAGUUUGCUCAGCUUUUGGCUCAGUCAGUUAACCAUGGCUUUGAGACAGUGUAUGAGCUUACUAAGAUGUGCACUCUACGUAUGAGUUUUGUAAAGGGUUGGGGAGCUGAAUAUCAUCGCCAAGAUGUGACGAGCACUCCAUGCUGGAUAGAGAUACAUCUUCAUGGUCCCCUGCAGUGGCUGGAUAAAGUACUUACUCAGAUGGGCUCUCCUCAUAAUCCUAUUUCUUCAGUGUCUUAAAAGGUCCCAAGCCUCCUGCAUUUUGGAAACAAUUGAGCCUUGCAUGUACUUGAAGGAUGUAUGAGUCAGACACACUUUUGGUAUUUUUUGCGCCCCCACCCCUCCCGAACUGGCAACAGCUGAAUAAGAGCUAUGAAAAUACUUGACUUCUGUGACCAACUGUUGGAUUCUGAAAAAACAAACAAACAAACAAACAAAAAACCAAAAAAAAACAACAGCAAAACCAACCCAAACAAAAACCAACCCCUUUGACAUACUGCUGGUAUCAAAAAUUUUAGUUUACAUUAUAACAUACUAUUGCAAAGUUGAUUUGCUGUGUUUAGUGCAACAGGGACAAUCGAGCCAAAGCCACAAUCUGUCGGACUGAGUUCCUGAAGGAUCUUCCUGUAGCUGGCACUCUGAGAUUCUCUUUCUUCCUUACAUUCAGCGCUUGGUGUUCCCUGGUGUCCUCUGGGGCUAAGAGCCGAUGUUGAAGUCUGCUUUUUGCAGGCUUUCUGCAGUACAUUUUAAAACCAUUUGUCUAAGUUGAUGAUUGCUGUUCUCUUUAAAAGAAAAGAAAGUCAUGAGGUUUAAUCUCAAUAACUGCGUAAUAAUCUUUGAAAUUGUGUCCUGACCAUACUGCUGUAAGAAUGUUAGGUAUGUUUUUUGCUAAAUGUAUGUACGGUGUAUUUGAAAGUCUAGAAAUUAGUUAGAUUUAGACCAUAAAAGAAUUAGAAAUAUUUGAAUGGGGGGAGGUGGGAGUGGGAAGGGAAAAUGACAACUGAAAUGUAGAAUAUAUUGUAAACAUAGCUUGUUAGUUUAAACUGACGUCUGAGUUUUGCUGUGCAUUUCAUUUUUAUAGUGGCUUCAUCUUGUUAAUUCUGACUAUUUUUGCCUCUUCAUUUUCCCCAAAAACAAUUGCGCAGCUGGUUAAUUCUUUUACCCAUGAAGAGGAUGAAAUGAUUAAUACCUGCAGUUUGAAGGCUGCAGCUCUAUGUAUUUCAAGACAAAAUUGUACAGAGUGCUCUCUAAUUAUUGAGCGGUUUUAUACAGUUUAUGUAACAGAAGUAGGCUUUUAAUUUUGUAAGAGAAUCUUGUUUUGCCCAACCUAGUAAUGGUUAAUUGUUUGGAGGACUUCAAAAUCACUGUGUGGGUCUAUUUCAAACUUUUAAAAUAUAUAUAUAUAUAUUUUUAAUUUUUUUUUUUUUUUUUUUUACUGCUUGGUUUAUUUUCUUCUUUGAUGUUUUAUAUUCACGUAAACUGUAGUACUUUAAGUACCUUUAUUCCAAAACUAGUGGGUCCUCUUUACUGGAAGUUUUUGAAUAAAACCUGUUGUUACUGCUUACAUUUGAUUAAAA